AGAAACCCAUCCUUUCCCUGCGCACUCCCCACUCCCAUCGUCUCCAUCGCCACAGUACAAUUGGUAGGACGCGGCAGGGGCGGUAAUGUGUGGCCUGCAGGGUGCUUGCAGAUGUCGCUUGAGGUUCGCGUCGGGCUGAAAGGGUCUCCGUCAGGUCCAGUCUGUCUCAAAUGGCUAAAUGACACUUAUACCCUUUUCCCGACCUCCAAACCGACGUUUAAAGCAAGAACCAAGAAAAUUUGGUGGGAUACUGGUAAACACGAGUUUUAGCGGAGGCGUAGUAGAUGUAGUAAUCGGAAGUGACCUCAACGUCCUAAACGCACCACCCAUCGCCUCACUCGCCCAACUCGCAUCUACACCUAUCCCAGAGCUCUCCGUAGAACGCAUAGCAGCAGCAGUUCUCACCUCCUUUGAGUGCAUAUGGAGUUCUUUUUUGCAGAAUGGGGAACGGGGGUUUCACACCAAUACCUCCGAUCACGGUUGCAUUCACAGUGACCAGCUCAUCACGCUAACGAACCGGACUCCCCACAGAAGCGUCCGCAUCGUCGGUAUCACUCUCCAUCACUGGUUGUUGCGCACAGUUCCGACAGGUGGAAGGCAUCGAUUUACAGCCUGAUGGGAAUAAUUUUGAUAUGAUGAAGGGGUUGUCACUAUAUGGACGAAGAAGGGGUAGCAGUAAAGUAGCAGUAACAUCGAAUUCUAUACUUCUCGUCCACAGACGGAAUC